UGGACACACGGACAGAUGGACACACGGGGACAGAUGGACACAUGGACAGAUGGACAUAGGGACAGAUGGACACACGGGGACAGAUGGACACAUGGACAGAUGGACACACGGACAGAUGGACAUGGACACACGGACAGAUGGACACACGGACAGAUGGACAUGGACACACGGACAGAUGGACACACGGACAGAUGGACAUAGGGACAGAUGGACAUAUGGGGACAGAUGGACACAUGGACAGAUGGACACACGGACAGAUGGACAUGGACACACGGACAGAUGGACACACGGACAGAUGGACAUAGGGACAGAUGGACAUAUGGGGACAGAUGGACACAUGGACAGAUGGACACACGGACAGAUGGACACACGGGGACAGAUGGACACACAGAUAGAUGGACAUGGACACAUGGACAGAUGGACACACGGACAGAUGGACACACGGGGACAGAUGGACACACGGACAGAUGGACACACAGACAUGGACACACGGGGACAGGCAGGCACAGGGACAGAUGGACAGAGGGACACACGGGGACAGACAGACACACGGACGCGGGCACAGACACGUGCCACCCCCCGUGAGUCACGGAAAGUCUCCUCGGCCGCCCGGUGGCCCCGGUGUGACCCUGGGCCGUCCCCGCCGGGCCCUCCCCGCUCCCAACGCCCCCCGGCAGCCCCGGGCGGGCUGAGCCGCGUCCUUGGAGCGAGGAGGAGCCCAAGGAGCGUCCAAAUUCCCGGGGCGGGUUCAGCGUCGGGGACCGGGGUCUGUGACUGCCCCAGACCUCUCAGUCGCACUGCGGGGGCAGCGCUUCCCGGCGGGGAAACUGAGGCACCUGGGGUCUCAUCCGAGGUGUGCAGGGGACUGAGGGCACCCGAAAAGGGCAUGGGAGGGUUUGGGGUCUCGCCAGGCAUGGAGGCAUCUGGGCUCCCUGGUGAGGGGGCUGCAGGUAAAGGGGUUUUUGGACUGUUUUUGGCAGGUCCAGCACGGCGAGGGGACACUCUUGGCCGAAGCUGUGGAGUUGGGAACAUUGGGGGUGAUUUGAGGCUUCGCUGACCUGGGAGACAGAGAAAAGGCCGAUGACAGACCACCAAAGAGGCAGUCGGUGCCAGAGCCCGAGUCUGGAGCACAGACACGCUCAGAAGGAGCUGAUCACUCUGGGUUGCUG